CUAUCAUUUACUUUAAUGACUAACUUGUCCUCAGCCCUCCAGAUUGAGAGAGAGAGAGAGAAAUGGCGUGGAGAUCGCAGCUAUCAAAGAAUCUAAAGGAGCUCCGGUUCCUCUUCUGUCAGACUUCACCUGCAAGCGCCCAAACUCGAGAAUUUGUGCGCAAGAACUACAAGGAUCUGAAGACGCUGAACCCUAAGCUCCCUAUCCUGAUCCGCGAGUGCAGCGGAACUCAACCUCAGCUGUGGGCGAGAUACGACAUGGGAGUGGAAAGAUGUGUUCGUUUGGAUGGUCUCCCUGAAGCUGAAAUCAACAAGAAACUAGGGGAGCUUGUCAAAGCUGGAGAACCUAUGAAGGCUUGAAAGCACUCAGCAAUUUAUCUAUUGUUCUGUUUGAGAGGCUAUCUUGGCUAUGGCAGAUUUUAAGCCGGGGAGAUUUUACUGCCUUAAUUUGUUUGUUACAAGAGUAUUAUGCGAUGGUUUCGGCCAAAAUAAUGUCUUGAUAGGCUUAAGCCUUUACCUUACGAUGAAACUAAAGCCACUAAAACAUCUGAGCUUUGGUAUGGACUUGUUCUUUUUAUCCGCUGAAAUUUAGGCCCUUGCUACAGGGGUUUUUUUUUUUUUUUGUAGGGGGAAUCUAAAAAAAGUGUAACGCGUGCAAAUUUUGCACCGAAAGCUCUCAUAAGUCUCUCUUCAUCAGUUGCGUCUU